CCAUUUGUAACGAAUGUAACGCCUCUUUACUUCGCGGCACAGACACAUAAACAGAGACCCCGAAAAAAAAACAGAGAGAAAGAGAGAAAUGAAGAAAUCGGGAGGCGCAGAGAAGAAGAGGGUACGAAGAUCUUCAGCAGCCGUACAAAAUGGCGCCAGAGAUCCCAACUCCGAUACUCCUCCUAGGAAACAAGCUGCUAAGAAGGAUGUGUUUCAGUUGUUUGCCGAGAAGGUGAGAGAUCAUAAGGAUUUGGUGUCUAGGUGGGCUGUUUUACAGGAGACACGUGUGGAGUACUUCAGAGGGAAGGAUUUUGCUAGCUUUUUGAGAAAUCACCCAGAGCUCAAAGAUAUUCUAGAAUCAGAUAGGAACCUAGAGACUGAAGAUGUUGGUAAUUCUCUGUUAAGAAAGAAUCUUUUAGUGCGCUGUGAUCGUGUGGUGAAAACUCUUCGUCCUGGGAAGAAAAAGUUGUCUACAUGGCCAGCACAUCUAGAGAUUUUCCCAGAUCAAGUAUUUUCUGAAAAUGAUGCCUUUUUUGCGUGGACAUUUGUAAAACGGAGACCACUUUGGCAGACGCUUCUCUCAUUUUUCUGGCCUGUGUUGACACUAGCAAUUUGCUUGUUUCCUGUGUAUCCCCAUCGGUGCAAGCUACUAAUACUCUACUCUUGCGCAGGAGUCUUGCUACUUAUUCUGUCACUACUUUUAUUGAGAGCAACUGCAUUUGGUGCUCUUUAUAUCGUUCUUGGAAAACGUGUUUGGUUUUUCCCUAACAUACUUGCUGAGGAAGCAACAUUGCGAGAGUUAUUCCGUUUCUGGCCCCAGAAAGAUGAGGAGGAGCGACCCAAGUGGACGACGAGGCUUUUCUAUGCGAUGGUGGCUGUGCUGGUCAUAUUGGUGCUGAGGCACCAUGCCCCUGAUGAGGCUGCUAGAGCAAGGUAUCAGAAGCGGGUCUCCAACAUAAUUGAUGAUGUUCUCGAGUGGUCUCCAAGAUUAGCCCUGUCCGGGAUGAUGGACAAGCAGCAAACUGUCGAUAACGACACAGAAGCAAACAACAGUUUUACAGAUGCGAGUAAGGCUCCAUCGGACAACGUAGGCAAGGAAACUGUUUCAGAGCAGUAUGCGGCAGAGGGAGUUGAAAACCUAGAGGGUGCUGAUCAACAUAAACAUGAUGAUCAUAUAUGAUACAAAACUAUGCAGGUGCUUAGUGAACUACAGGUUACAUUCCCUUAUUCCCUUUUUGGUUUUUGUUUUAUGAUUUUGAGUGUAAAACCUUGUAUCAAAACAAUCGCAAUAAAGCAGCUGGUUUCAAAUGUAAGUCUUUUAAUAGUAUUUAGAUAUUGAUGAUACGUUUAUACGGUGCUUUAUAUACCGAUCAGUUACUGUUAA